UGGCUACCAUUGGUGAAGACUGUGGCGCGGCUAGGUUGACCACAUUUAAUUCAUUUCUUUGUUGUGAUUAAACGUUAGCCGGUUCUGAGAUCUCUCUCGCCGUUUGAGUUUGUAAACUAGUGAUAGUUGUUUGCAUUCCAGUGCUGAGAGAAUGAGUGGAGGGGUGUACGGAGGCGAUGAGGUUGGAGCGCUUGUGUUUGACAUCGGCUCGUACACGGUGCGCGCAGGCUAUGCCGGAGAGGACUGUCCCAAGGCUGACUUCCCCACGGUGAUUGGAGUAACGAUCGACAGGGAGGAUGGCACUGUUCCCAUGGAGACGGACGGAGAGAAGACCAAGCAGAGUGGCACCACCUACUACAUCGACACCAACCAGCUCCGUGUGCCCCGAGAAAACAUGGAGGUCAUGUCCCCCCUCAAAAACGGCAUGAUUGAAGACUGGGACAGUUUCCAGGCCAUUCUUGACCACACCUACAAGAUGCACUUCAAGUCCGAGCCCAGUAUGCACCCCGUGCUCAUGUCCGAGGCCUCGUGGAACACCCGAGCAAAGCGUGAAAAGCUGACAGAGUUGAUGUUUGAGCACUACAACAUUCCCGCUUUCUUCCUGUGCAAGACUGCAGUUCUCUCUGCGUUUGCAAAUGGGCGCUCCACGGGUCUGGUGUUGGACAGCGGCGCCACACACACGACGGCCAUCCCUGUACACGACGGCUACGUGCUGCAGCAAGGCAUCGUGAAGUCUCCGUUGGCAGGUGACUUCAUGAGCAUGCAGUGUCGUGAGCUGUUCCAGGAGCUCGGUACAGAGAUCAUCCCCCCCUAUAUGAUCGCCUCAAAGGUGAGACCUGCCAAAGACGCUGUGCGUGAAGGAUCUCCUGCCAGCUGGAGGAAGAAGGAGAAACUUCCUCAGGUCUCCCGCUCCUGGCACAACUACAUGUGUAACUGUGUCAUUCAGGACUUCCAGGCCUCAGUUCUGCAGGUGUCCGACUCCCCUUACGAUGAACAAGUGGCAGCCCAGAUGCCUACCAUGCACUAUGAGCUGCCCAACGGUUACAACUGUGACUUUGGAGCAGAGAGAUUAAAGAUCCCCGAGGGACUCUUUGACCCCUCCAACGCCAAGGGCCUGUCUGGUAACACCAUGCUGGGAGUGGGCCACGUAGUGACCACCAGUGUGGGGAUGUGUGACAUCGACAUUAGACCGGGUCUAUACGGAAGUGUGGUGGUUACUGGAGGAAACACACUCGUUCAGGGCUUUACCGAUCGCCUCACCAGGGAGCUGUCACAGAAGACCCCACCGAGUAUGCGUCUGAAGCUGAUAGCCAACAACACGACUGUGGAGCGUAGAUUCAGCGCCUGGAUCGGAGGCUCCAUCCUGGCAUCACUGGGUACGUUCCAGCAGAUGUGGAUCUCUAAGCAAGAGUAUGAGGAGGGUGGAAAGCAGUGUGUAGACAGGAAGUGCCCCUGAUCACCAUGGAGACGACGACUGCCUUUAAAACGCGACAAACCUCUCUGCUUGUUCACCCCUUGUACUGGACUCAGGAACAACACAAGGAUGUGCUGUUUUAUAGUUUUUUAAAAACACACAUCAGUCCAUAUUCCAGUCCUUCAUUUUCUUUAGUCUUUGCUAUUUUCUUAAGGAACCCCACCCAGGCGCUGUGUCCCAAGUGGCAGGUCUGACUGAGUUAUCUGUAACCAGCCGUUAUUUCCUACAUAAGAACAGAGCUGAAGGUUGUGUAAGCUACGUAUGUUACAGUAGAGGGUCACUUUAGCUCUGCGGUCACAGUCAGGCUGCAACUGUCUUCUGAUUUAACUGUUAGUCUUUUUGAAAAAUAAACAUUUUUAUUGUGA